ACGCAAGGAGGUGUGAAAAGGGACACGCAAGGGACACGCACGGGUCUCUUGCGUCUGCGUCGCUCUGAAAACGCAGAAGCACAAACUAGGCUUUAGCUCCGCCCCACACUGCAGGUGCCAUCAUGCCGUUGAGUGUCUUGACAGCUGCGUGGCUGCACAGGUGCUGCAUGGAUUAGUUUAUUCUAGCACAACCAAAUGUAAGCCUCCUUGAAAUGGACACAAGGGGACGUAGGUUGACCCUGGAGGGUCCGCCCAGAGGGAAUCCCCUCACCUUUCCCUUCGGUUUGGCUGAAUUUUGCGUUGAUGCCGUCACCACCUGUUUCUCUCAGAACUCAGAGAAACGCUGCAUCCCCAUCGGCCUCAGCUUUCUAUCCAUGCUGGUUUUGCUGCUGUCAUGCUUUCUCUUCGUGUAUCAGAGGUGCACAUUUCGAGGAGAAGCCUCAGGAGGAACCAUCUCCCUCUACGGCUUCCUCGGUGACCUGUGCAGCACCAUAGGAGCUAUUCUGUCCAGACAGCUGCAUAUUCAGGUUUUGAUGGGUGCUUUUGCUGCUACUGUAGAUGCUGUCAAUUGUAUUUCUAGCUGCUCUCAUGUGCUCCUGCACUGGAACUCGAGAGAAGGCAGGAGGCUGAGGAUGAUGAAAGGGCGGAGGAGGCAGCACCUCCUCGCUGUGUGUGUACUGAUGGUUGUUGCAAGAGGCUUUUGGAAAUCCAGAGCGUCUCACCUCCCAGCAGUAAGGCCUCCCUUAGACAGGAGGAGACUGCUGUUUGCCACCCUCCAGGACAACACUGAAGUCCUGGGUUACGUACUUGGCCUCCUCUCCUGUGUCAUCGCAUGCACCUCCAGGUUCCCUGCUCUCUGCAGAGCAUACAGAGGACUAGUGUUGACCCGGGCCAACAUGUUCUCCAGACUGCUGUGCUCGCUGUCCGGUGCCCUCUAUGCUGCUGCCGUACUGCUCUGUGACACUCGGGUUGGGUUUCUUCUGAGAGUCAUGCCGUGGCUGCUGUCGGCAACCGGCUGUGUCACCAUUGACCUUCUCAUUCUUGUCGUCCACUGUUGGAGGAGAGGAACUACGCAGAAGCUUACAAGUGUGUCUCCAGACAAAGAGAGCCUCUUAAGUAGCUCCUGCGCCCUCACCGAAGAUAACGCUGUCAUGAAGAGACCAGGAAAACAGCAACAGCAACUUCAUUCUUCAGCAGGGACUAAAGUAGGAUUUGAUAGUUGA